AACUUCCCUGCCAUUCUCCCCAUUUUCUCUCUUCCCCCCUCUUUAUUUAUUUGUGUAGUCCUGCUCCUCCUCCUCCCAUUCUCCCAUGUUCUACGCGCUGGUUGGUUCCAUAUGUAAUUUGAACCGACCUCCCCAUCUUCCCAUCUCCUUCAACAUUUCCCAUAAAGAUUUUAUUUGUUUAUUUUAUUCUUUUAUUUUUAUUUUCUAUUGGGUCGUUGUGCAUUUCUUUAAUGCAUUGCUUACCCUGUAAUUCAAUUCUAAAAUCUACUUGGAAAUUUUGCAAGAUUUGAAAAGAAAUCUGGUCGGAUCUUGCUUUGUGGGGUGUGUGGAUUUUGUUGGGAAGGUAUCGUUUCAUUACUACAAAAUAGGCCUCUCCCCUCCCCUCUUAUUUCUUAUUCCAUUAUAGAAACAACACCGCAAAAACCAACCCACCACAACAGAAACAAAAACAAAGCAAAAACCAAAAAUUCUCUUCUAUAUUUUUUCUCUACUGUGGUGAUAAUAUUGGAUCUGGAAUUUGAUGCAAUGGCAAUAACGGGAGAUUCACACUCACAGUUUCAUGUUUUAGCUGUUGACGACAGCAUGAUAGAUAGAAAGCUGAUUGAGAGGCUCCUCAAGACAUCAUCAUAUCAAGUUACUGCAGUUGAUUCUGGUAGUAAAGCUUUAAAAUUUCUGGGAUUACAUGAAGAAGAUGACCAGAGCAACCCAGAUACAGUACCUUCUGUUUCUCCUAACGAUCAUCGGGAAGUGGAAGUGAAUCUUAUCAUUACAGAUUACUGUAUGCCCGGCAUGACAGGCUAUGAUUUGCUCAAGAAAGUAAAGGAAUCGUCAUCUCUCAGGGACAUACCUGUGGUCAUCAUGUCAUCUGAAAAUGUCCCUUCAAGGAUCACCAGAUGUUUAGAGGAAGGAGCAGAGGAAUUUUUCUUGAAGCCAGUACGACUAGCUGAUUUGAAUAGGCUUAAACCUCACAUGAUGAAAACCAAAAUUAAGAACGAAAAACAAGAAGAUCAAGAAAAGCUUGAAAAAUCAGAAAUUCAGUCAGAACAGCAGCAACAGCCACCGCCACAGCCACAGCCACAGCCACAGCCACAGCCAUCACCACUACUACAACAACCCAACAAUAACAAAAGGAAAGCUAUGGAAGAAGGGCUUUCACCAGAUAGAACUAGACCUAGAUACAAUGGCAUUACUACCAUGGUCUGAUAAAUCAUGGGGAGAUUUUUCGCACAAUGUAAUUCAGAUAAUCUCCCCCCCCCCCCCCCAUCUAGAUAUUAAUGCUGGUUAUUACAGGCUCAAUAGAAGUGUAGAAUAGAGUUGCUUCAUGUAUACAGUUUUCACAUGAAAAUAUUUCCUUCCAA